GUAGAGCUGCUGUCUGUCUGUCAGUGAAGACGCUGUGUGAGAUUCAAUCUGACACUCUUCUGCUGGGAUUGAGCUCUUCUGGAAACUGGACUUUAGAGAAAUGAUGCUGAUCUUUGGACUGAUGCUGCUGCUGCAAACUGCUGCAUUGAUCUGAACUUCCUCUUCUCUGACAGAAACUGUGCAGUAUUUGAAUCACUAUAUUGUGAGUGUCAGUCGCUCUUCUGUCAGAGUGAGAAGUGACUGUGUGACUGAAGCAGCGUCACACUCUUCUGCUGGGAUUGAGCUCUUCUGGAAACUAGACUUUAGAGAAAUGAUGCUGAUCUUUGGACUGAUGCUGCUGCUGCAAACUGCUGCAUACGAUCUGAAGCAGCGUCACACUCUUCUGCUGGAAACUGGACUUUAGAGAAAUGAUGCUGAUCUUUGGACUGAUGCUGCUGCUGCAAACUGCUGCAUGUCUGGAGGUAAACUGCAGUUUUGAUCAAUCUGAUCCCUGUUACGCAGCUCUGGGACACAAACUCAAUCUGCUGAUGAAGCGGGACGCUAGUAAAUAUGAGCUGAAGAUAAUAAAGAGAAUAAACUACAACACAGCAGAUGAUCCAAUGUGUAGAGUAAAGAAUGACAAGAUGAAGGAAUGUGAUCUUUAUAAAAGCAGAACUGAAGUGACAGUCAUUAAUGGGACUGUGAUAAUAAAGCGUGUGAUCAGAGCAGAUUCUGGGAAUUACACAUUAACACUCUUUCACUCAGACGGCACAGAAACAUCUAGAGAUCUUCAAGUGAUUGUUGAAGCUCCUAUUGGCUCAGUGGAAGUGUCAAUCAUCUGCUCCUCCAAUCAGAGGUCAGUGUUCUGCUCAUCUGACGGGGAUCAGAUCAUCUACAGCUGGACUCAGAAUGGAGAAAUACUAGAACAAGGACCAAUGAAUGGAAACACCACCAUUCAGCUAAAUGAGGAAACUGAUGGAGACAUCAGCUGCAGCGUGAAGAACCACAUCAGUCACGCACAGAAGACCAUUAGACUCAAACCCUGUCCUGGUCUGGAGGUAAACUGCAGUUUUAAUCAAUCUGAUCCCUGUUACGCAGCUCUGGGAGACAAACUCAAUCUGCUGAUGGUGGACGCUAGUAAAUAUGAGCUGAAGAUAAUAAAGAGAAUAAACAACACACAAGAUGAUCCAGUUUGUAGAGUAAAGAAUGACAAGAUGAAGGAAUGUGAUCUUUAUAAUAACAGACCUGAAGUGACAGUCAUUAAUGGGACUGUGAUAAUAAAGCGUGUGAUCAGAGCAGAUUCUGGGAAUUACAGAUUAACACUCGUUCGCUCAGACGGCUCAGAAACAUCUAGAGAUCUUCAAGUGAUUGUUGAAGCUCCUAUUGGCUCAGUGAAUGUGUCAAUCAUCUGCUCCUCCAAUCAGAGGUCAGUGUUCUGCUCAUCUGACGGGGAUCAGAUCAUCUACAACUGGACUCAGAAUGGAGAAAUACUAGAACAAGGAUCAAUGAAUGGAAACACCAUUCAGCUAAAUGAGGGAACUGAAGGAGACAUCAGCUGCAGCGUGAAGAACCACAUCAGUCACGCACAGAAGACCAUUAGACUCAAACCCUGUCCUGGACCAACUACUGCAGCUGUGACCUCUAGUUUGACCCCUACAAAACAGACAUCAAAAAAUGGUACGAGUUUCUCAUCAGAUGAUGUGAAUCAAACCCACACUGAAGAAUUCAGACGAAUGUUUUUACAAUUCUCUCUGAUUGCUUUGGGCUGCGUUGCUCUCGUCCUGAUUCUGCUGUUCAUCACCGUAUGUUACGUUUACAAGAAGAAGCAGCUCAAGUCAACACAAGCCGCUGCUGGAGAUAUGGAGCUCAUAUACGCUGAUAUCUCUCAUGAGAAAAAGAGUGAAAAGAAAAAUACAGAAUCUUUCUCAGCUUCUGAUGUGGAAUAUGCCGCUGUCCAGCCGCAGACAAAGAGAAAGAAGAAGAAGAAGAAGGAGGAGGUGGAGGAGGUUCAGUACGGCGAGGUGACGUUCACUCCAAAACAAGCAACUGCUCCGCAGCAGGAGCUUCAGGAGGAGUGUAUUUACUCACAGGUACAGAGAGACUAGUUUCACAGCAACAACUCGUGAAGGAUCACACUUUCCCUGGAAACUGAGUGCUUGUUUUCACUUAUGUUUGGUUUGGGAGUCCUAUAGGCUAUAUAAAGCAGUUAUCUCUUUGCAUUUGUAAAUUAUUUAGCUUGACAUGUUAACGAUGGUACUGUAUGUUAAUAUGUGGUGUUAUGGGUUGUAUAGCGUGAGCUUUAUUGUACAUGUCCGAGCUGAACUGUCAUGAGUAAGCAAAACAAUGAAAAAAAACAGGAAACCAAUCGCAUGCUAUUUUCUCUCGAACUUCUGUGCACUUCUGUUUUUAGCACUUCUCGAUUUGCAACUGCGACUAUAUGAAGGCAAGAAAAAGCUUAAAUGAAUGUAAGCUUAUAAUCAUGAAUCUUGAGGAGGUGAUCGAUGUGCACAUGUGCUCAAAAGUCAUGAAAACACACCCUGAUAGCAUACAUACAUCACAGAGAUGUCUAUUUGACAUCUGCAUUACAUCUGCAAAACUGAGUUUUUAGAGUUUUCGCUCAUCUGCAAUACGUCUAUAAGAUGUUUCCUAUCAGAUGUCAAAUAGACAUUUAGAAGAUGUCUUUAAGAUGUUUGUGAUUUAGAGUGCAUGUAAAACUGACUUCUUAAAGACGUCUAUCAGAUGUUUGCACACAGCAGAUGCUUUCCAAAUGGAGCGAUCUUUAACAGACGUCUUGCAGAUGUGAUGCAGUUUGCUGAUUUGGAAUUAAAACAUUUCAAAGCAA